AUGAGAAAGAAGUCAACUUUCCGUUUUCCAGUUUCUGCUUUCAUCUCUCAUAAGCUCUCUCUCACAGAACUCUCUAGAGGGACUCCAUUGGAGCUCCAGAUCGAGCUUCAAGCUCAUCUUCAAGAUCAGGAAAAUACAUUUGUUGGUGAUACUGGUGUCGCCGCUGCGACAAACAUUGGAAUAGAUCCAAGCGAUCCUCUUUAUCUACAUCCGUCAGAUAAUCCUAGAGCGAUGCUCGUUUCAGUUCCUUUAAGUGGAAUUGGAUAUAAAUCAUGGAGACGCAGUGUUAUACGUGGUUUGUCCGUCAAAAACAAGCUAGGGUUUAUAAGUGGAGAAUGUAAACCACCAGAGCCUCAAUCCCAGAGAUUCCGACAAUGGGUGCGAUGCGACGAUAUGGUAACGUCUUGGAUCUUAAAUUCACUCUCUAAAGAUAUUGCGGACAGUGUGAAAUAUGCUAAUAAUGUUGUCGAGUUGUGGAGAGAAUUUAAGGCUGUAUUGUGGGCCGGGCCCAGCCCGGGACCGGCCCGGGACCGCGGGCCAAACGGGUUGGUCUCAAACGGGCCGGUCUCUAAUGGUGCAAAAGCCCACUGUGGGCCGGUCUCAACCAAAAAGCCCGCGAGCUAUUAUACUAAGCUGAAGAAGCUAUCGGAAGAGCUAAAUACUUUGAGCAAAAAGACUCAUUAUAGUUGUACCUGCAUAUGUGGUGCCAAGGAGAACAUGCACAAGGCCGAGCAGGACAGAAGAUUGAUACAAUUUCUUAUGGGACUUAAUGAAGUCUACACUGUCGUACGUGGAAGCAUUCUCAUGAUGAAUCUGCUACCAAAUAUUGCACAAGCCUUAUCACUACUCAUUCAAGAUGAGAAACAGAGAAAGAUUAGGCCAAAUAAUCAAAUGCUAUUUGAGUCUGCUUCCCUAAGUGUCAACACAUCAAAACAUGGUUCUUACAGAACAAAUUAUGAUGCCAAUAAUAGUUCAACUGGAGGCAAUAGGCCUCGUCCAUUUUGUGACUACUGUAAGAAGCUAGGACGUACCAAGGACAAAUGCUACAAGUUACAUGGGUACCCUUAG